AUGGCGCCACAAUCCUCGUCCACUCCCAACACCUCGAGCGCAGCGUCGACCCCAACGCCAUCGCCUGCGCCCUCACCUAUACCUCCCCCCGUCCCUGUCGAAACUCACCCCAACCGAGGCAAACCGCAGGUCAAUCGGAUUGCUCUUGAUCCGGGUCGUCUUGCUCCUGAAGAUGCGUACAAGACUUUCUCGCCGCCGCGACUGCGACCAGUCCCUGAGAUCAGCGGUUCCGCCGCCGCAAAUGCCGCCGCUGCUGCUCUCCGACCGGCAGUUGCGUCUCUACGAGCACCGCCAGCAAUUCCCCCGGUCGCUGCUAGAAUAGCCGAAGAAAGACGCCGGGCAGCGAGCAAGAGACGGAAACCACCGCACGUUUGGAAGAAAUUACUUUGGAUAAAGCAACAUGGGUUCCCGGACAACUAUACAGACACGGAGACCUUUCUGGACCACCUACAGAGAAAUCCCCGGCUGCGGCCCUACGACUUCUGGCCGUUGGUGGCAGACUCGGCCGUCAUUGUGCAGCACGUGUGCUCCGUGGCCAUCUUCAUCUGCGCAUAUGCCGGGAUCUACCAGGGCCGCCUGUCCCCGGUCUCGGUGGUGACCUGCGGCACUAUUUUGACGGUCGGCGGAUGGAUCAUGUGGGACUACUGGAUAGGUCAGCAGGAAGCAGAAGAGUUCGCGGCGCUGCAAAAGGCCAAUCGGCUUUCGGUCGAUGUCGACGAUGGUGCGAGUACCAGCUCGGGAGGCUCUUCCAAGGUCCAGAUGAACGGCAAUGGGCAUGUUGGUAAUGGACAUGCGAACGGCCCUCUAGGGGGAAGAGGCGUGGGCCUGAAACUAUCGACCACAAACCUCGGGGUCAAGGAUCACGAAUCGAAGUUCCCUGGGAAACAUACCCAGUCCCUGUCCAAGUCAUCCUUCCAGUCGAUUUCCCCUAUCGACCCACUGGGUGAUGGCUCCAUUGAACCAUUCCCCGACCUGCGACCGACCACGUCUCGGCCACAAGUGCCUCAGUCGCCGAGCAUAGUAUGUAGUCCGACGACGUUACCGGCCACCAUAUCCCCUCGGAACCAGGCGCGGCUCAAAACACUGAAAUCCGCCUCCUUGAUCUACUUUGCAUUAUUGGGACUCUCGCCGAUCCUCAAGUCUCUCACAAGAUCGACAUCAUCAGAUUCCAUCUGGGCGCUGGCGACAUGGCUUCUAAUAAUCAACAUAUUCUUCUUCGACUAUGGGAGUCUUUAUCUACCCAAAAAGCCUGAGAAUGCUCCGCAAGGCCCCGGAAUAUCCAACGCCACACCCACAGAUGCAGCACCACCUCAAUUGAGUAAUGCUUUCCGGGCGCCUCCAUUUCCCUCGUCGCUGUCGACUAACGCAGCCUUGAUGGCUAGUACGGUGCUUGCUUCGCGCCUCAUGACUACCACAGCGGUCUUUAGCUUGACUCUGUUUUCCAUUCAGGUGUUUGGUCUGUUUCCGGUGUUCCGGCGGCAUCUCCACUACAAAUCGUUCAAGUUACAUCUGCUACUGACCUUCGCCCUGGUCACAAUGUCCACCUGCGGCCUAGGCUUGAUCUUAUCCAAAUCCUACACCCACACAUAUGGCAACUGCGGGCUCUGCUGGGGUUGGAUCUGGCAUGUGAUUCUGCGGAGCACGAUCGGGUUUAUGGUCGGGGGACUUAGCACGGCAUUUGUCAUGGGCGGAUGUUCGUGGUGGCUAAUUGGGCUGCAGCGAUAUAAGAACGUGGUGAUUGGGCCCUGGGAUCCAGCCAAACCUGUGCUUGCAGGCGGCGUUUAUGGAAGAAGUAGAACUGGGACCGACUGA